AUGGAGCAAACAAACGCAGCAUUAUCGUUUAAUAAUGAUAGUCCCAAUGGACAUUAUAAAUUGGACCAAAUUCAUAGUGAUCUGGUCACAAUAUCUCCACCUGGAACUUUGGACAAAAACAAAAAAUCUAUAAAGCUAGUUAUUCAUUCGGAAGAAAAUGAAUCUUUAACUAAUCCAUCACCUUCGCCAUCCACACCACCACUCACCUCUUAUUCGGAAGACAUAAAAUCCCCAGACUUAGUCAAUAACAUUCCCACUUCAUCAGUUAAAAGCCUAACAACUUUCAUAAAUACUCCUAAAUAUAUAAGACAAUAUUUAAGUGAUACUUUUAAAGCAGACGGUUUCGGACAGGAUACAACUUCAAUGACUUAUUCUUUGAACAUGAGAGUCUCACGUAAAUCUUCCAAGUCCAAAGCAUCAAAAGGAACUCAGGAUACAACAACCAAUUCUUCAGAUAUCGUUGACAACGAAAGUGUGAAAGUUAUGAAAGAAUUAAAAUUUAAGAGGCGGCGUCCUACCCUGUCAACAUCAGAGGCAAAUAACUCGGACGACAAAAAGAUCGAUGUCGGUAAUCUCGGAGCAAAGGAUGAUGGUGGUUCUCUUGAACACCUCGGUCCAAUAUCUCUUGAUGACGAAAAUGCAAGAAAACCCUUGGAAGGUGUCAAAGGAAACCAGAUUACUCGUGAUAGGACAUCAGAAGAUUCUGUGAACUCCUCAACAUCUGCCUCCUCACAUCCUCAUAAAACCCCAUCACCAAUCGAGUCGGUGAUACCUGAAGGUGAAAGCAAUCGUAAGGGCGAUCCAACUCUCAUAGAAUCUUCAAAUUCUUCCCCUUUACCUUCUCCAACUACCCAAGGUAACAAUCACAAUAACAAGGAAAGCUUAAGUAGGUCUUCAAGUAUUGGAUCUAAUAAGCACAGCAGAUGCACAAGCCUUGACUCUGAAAUAAUUGCUAGGAAAAAGUCGCUUGUCUCGAAAUCCAGAAAAUUGAUAAAGAGAGCCAAGAGAUUAUCGAAUUCGGAUUUCAUGGUUAAUGACGGUUCUGUCGUUACUGGAUAUGCGAUGGCGAACCCAAAGAGGAACAAGGAAUUUCAUUCUUUCUUUAAAUGCAUUCCUCAUGAUGAAUUUCUCUUGAAUGAUUAUGGGUGCGCGUUGCAAAAGGAAAUUCUUGCUCAGGGUAGGAUUUAUGUCUCGCUUUAUCACAUUUGUUUUCACGCGAAUAUCUUUGGGUGGACUACCAACUUGAUAAUGCCAUUUUCUGAGAUUGUCAACAUUGAAAAAAAGAUGACGGCAUUUGUCAUACCAAACGCCAUAUUAAUUACAACUGCGAAAUCUAAGUAUUUCUUCGCCUCUUUCCUUUCACGUGAUACCGCGUACGAAAUGUUUGUAAAACUGUGGCAGAGUGCAAACCCCGAAGCAGCAAGAAAGUACUCUGAGCUACCAGAAUAUACUGAGGGUACCUUCACACCCACUCAUCAGAGAGAAUCCACCUAUGACAGCGGGAACUCUGCUAGUGGUUCGGAAUGUGUAACCGAGAACGAAAAAUCACUCAAGUCAUCUCGUGCAAAAAAAUUUCACAUAGCACGAUUGAUUACGCGAAAAAGUCAGAAUACUGUGAAUUCCAAAGAAGAAUCAUCUGCGAUUUUCAAGGAACACACAUCAGGAUCAAAUGAUUACGAAAUUUCACCGAUACAAUUUGAUGAAAAAAACAUUAACGAUUCGACCUCACAAAAUAUCUCCCGACACUCUUCGAAAGAUUCGUCCUCGCCGAAAUCCAUGAGAAAAAUUUCUUUUUCCAGUGGUUAUACUCAAAAGAACUUGGUAACUCAGUGCGAAUGUCUGAGUAAGAACCAACAUUACGACAAGGUCAUGAUGGAUACAACGUUUACUGGAACCAUCGAAAAGAUUUAUAAUUUAUUAUGUACCAGUGGUUUCAUCGCGGAAUUCAUCAGUAAAUUAGAGAACAAUGACGAUACGGUUUUCGGCGAAUGGACGGCGGCUGAAAACGGUAAAUUGGUUCGCACGGCGAGUUUCACAAAACGAUUAAAUAACUCAAUUGGACCGAAAAGUACAAAAUGCUAUUUGAAAGAAGAAUGCCUUUCGGUGGUGAUGCUGUUAACGACCGAAACACCUGAUGUUCCAUCUGGUGGAUCAUUUUCCGUAAAGACCAGAACCUGUAUUAUGUGGGGGGGAAGGAAUAAGGUUCGUGUGAUUGUUACUGCAGCAGUGGAAUUUUUGAAAUCUACGUGGCUAAAGGGGCCAAUUGAGAAAGGUGCGAUCGAAGGUCAAUUAGAAUAUUACAAAGCCCUCGAGAUAGCAGUAAGAAAAUACAUUUCACAGAAUCGUUCCGAAUUUCAAGAACCUGAAAUUGAAGAAGUUGAGGAUACCGACUCUGAGGCGUCCACGGCAUCACCAACCAAAAACCACAAGUUGCGGUCGCAUUCACCUUCGCUCGUUAAAAAUCCCAGUUCAUCAUUUAUUUCCAGUCGCAUUAUCUCUCGAUCUUCCUCGAGAAAUUCGUCGCAAUUUAAUUUAUCUUAUAACACCAGAAACAUCUCGCAAUCCAAUCUGCUUCCCUCCACAAAUUCAUUCCUACAUGGACGAACGUCCACCGAGGCAUCUAGCCUUAUUCAAUUUACCACAAAAGCCAUGUUGGUAACAUUUACAUCCUCAAAAUCAUUAUUGAGUUCCUUAUUUACGAUACCAAACGCAAAGGUUAUAUCAACGUGGGCAUUAAUUAUAACUAUCUUUGUAAACGCAUGCAUUUGGAUUAAUUUAAGAGAUAUCAACGUUAAGAUCGAUAAAUUGCAGAAAGAUGAUAUCCUUCGGCAUGGUUUUAUGGCGAAAGAGUAUGGUUUUAGAGGAAGGGAUGGAAAAAUCAGAGGUGAAUGGAGCGGAGGAAAGAGAGGUCAUUACAUAUAUCAAGAUGAUAGGAUUUUUGAUGCUGACCGUGAUAGAUUUCUCGAAUGGCUGGAAAAUGAUGUUGCACCGAAAAAAUAG